AUGUUACCAUCCUGGAUGGCAAGAGGACUUUUUCUUAAAAUAUUUACUUUAGGUAAAGAGUUAUAUCCAACAAUCUUUUGUGAUGCAAUGAAAUUGCUAAAAAAUAUGGGCGGUGGAAUGGAUAAUGUUUUUUUAUGGUGGCAUUUGUGCAAUUCAGUACACCCUGAAGAACAUUAUAUUCAACAACUCGUCAUAAAGAUUUUAUCUAUUACUCCACAUAAUGCAGGAUGUGAACGUAUAUUUUCCAUAAUUGGAUGGCUAAUAAAAGGAGAACACAUUCGGGAAACAUUUUCUAAUUCGUCUUUUUUCGAUGAUAACGAUGUUGAGAGUGAUUAUGAUGAUGAUGAGGAUAAUGAUCAAAAUGAGGAUGAAAAUGAUGAUGCUAAUAAUGGAACAGUAAAUAAUACUAAUUUAGAGAUUUCACGAUGGGUUAAUAUUACAGAUAAAGAAUUGCAAGAAUUACUUCAAAUGGAAGUUAAUGUAGUAAUUGAUAUUCCUCUAUUACUACCAGUAGAUCAUGAUUCUCAAGAAUUUAACAUGGAAGAAGUGUUAGAUAAAGUUCUCACUUAA